GGCGAUGGCCAGCCUGAGGCUAACCCUGGCUAACAGUAUCCAGCCUGCAGGCCAGUAUUUUCCCAUUCAAAUAAAUUUGAUACAGAUUCCAAGGAAUGCCAUCCAGGAUGAGAAGUUCAGAGGUGAUGGUCAUAUCAAUGGUGAAACUGACUAGAACAAUAGCAGCACCGGGGAGCUCACCUGUGCAAUCCCUUCAAUAUGCAGAUGGUUGGAGUUAUUCAAACCAAUAUUUAUUUAAAGUAGACUCGUGUUCUGGUGACUCACGCAAUCAACAUUUUGCCCCAAGUGGACAAUAUUGUUCUGAUGGUGGAUGGAGAGAUUUCUGAAAUGGGCUCCUACCAAGAACUUUUACAGAGAAACGGGGCUUUUGCAGACUUCCUCCGUUCAGCUAACAAUGCAGAAGGAAAGGAGGACUGUGGCUUACAAGCUGCAGGGAGCACCAAGGAUAUCAUCACUUCCAGAAACACUGUGCCCCAAGGAAAGCUCUGCAGAUCAGGUAGAUCUUCUAUUCUGAGAGAUGAUGCCAAAGCCAUAAAUCAAGUCUGCCCAACUGCUACAGCCCAAAAAGAUUCAGGAAGAUUAACAGAAGGGGAGAAAGUUCAAACCAGCAAGAUCAAUAUUUCCAUUUAUCUGGACUACUUGAGGGCCACAGGGCCUCUGAUCUGUUUGUACAUCGUGCUCUUGUUCAUGUGUCAGCAAGCUGCCUCGUUUUGUCGUGGUUACUGGCUCAGUUUGUGGGCAGAUGACCCUGUUCAUAACAGAACGCAGCAGCACACAGAGCUGCGAGUUGGAGUCUUCGCUGUUCUUGGAGUCCUUCAAGCCAUUGGCAAAUUCGGGUCGACUGCAGCCGUCCUGCUAGGAGGAGUAAUAGCGUCACACAAGCUUUUCCGGCAGUUACUGGAGAAUGUUGCCAGAUCCCCAAUGAUGUUCUUUGAGCAGACGCCCCCAGACAAGCUGAAGUCCUUGCUGGGAUUCUUGUUCAGUUUACUGGAGAUCUACAUUGCUGUGAUAGUGGCUACGCCAGUAGCAGUAGUGGCUAUAGUACCACUGACAGUGCUGUAUGCCGUGUUCCAGAACUUCUAUGUUGCCACCUCCUGUCAAGUGAGACGCCUGGAAGCUGCUAGUCGUUCACCGAUCUAUUCCCACAUUUCAGAGACGUUCCAAGGGAGCAAUGUGAUUCGUGCUUACAAGGAGCAACAGAAGUUCAUUUUACAGAAUGAUUCCAAAGUGGAUGAGAACCAGAGAACAUGCUUCCCUGGGGUUGUCGCUGACCGGUGGCUUGCUACAAACCUAGAGUUUCUGGGUAAUGGUAUCGUGUUGUUUGCAGCCCUGUUUGCUGUGAUUAGCAAAACACAUCUUAGUCCAGGGAUUGUUGGCUUUUCCAUUUCGUAUGCUCUUCAGAUAACUGGCGUUUUGAACUGGAUGGUACGCUCCUGGACAGAAAUAGAAACCAACAUUGUGUCUGUGGAGAAAGUGAAUGAGUAUUCAAAAACUCCAAAAGAGGCUCCUUGGAUUUUAGGCAGUAAUUCUGCAAGUCAGGCUUGGCCAACUGAAGGAGCAAUUGAAUUUAGAAAUUUUGGAUUGCAGUACAGGCCAAAUUUAGAAUUUGCACUGAAAAACAUCAAUAUAAAAAUAAACGGGCAAGAGAAGAUUGGCAUAGCUGGAAGAACAGGAGCUGGAAAAUCAACCUUUGCCGUGGGUCUUCUGAGAUUAGUAGAAGCUGCAGAAGGCGAGAUCUUAAUUGAUGGAGUGAAUAUUGCCCAAAUAGGCCUCCAUGACCUUAGAACCAAAAUAACUCUUGUCCCCCAGGAUCCAGUUUUGUUUGCUGGUUCUCUACGAAUGAACCUAGAUCCUUUAAACAAGUACUCGGAUGAAGUCAUCUGGAGAGUUUUGGAACUAACUCAGCUCAGGAACUUUGUAUUGGAUCUCCCUGAUCAAUUAAACCAUGAGUGCACUGAGCGAGGGGAGAACUUGAGUGUUGGUCAGAAGCAGCUCAUGUGUCUGGCCAGAGCACUCCUGCGGAAAGCCCAAAUCCUGGUGCUAGAUGAGGCCACCGCAGCAGUAGAUCUGGAAACUGAUCUUCAGAUUCAGUCGACCAUAAGGACUCAGUUCAAAGAGUGGACCGUGUUAACAAUCGCUCACCGUAUCAACACCAUCCUAGAUUACGACAGGAUUUUGGUCUUGGAAAAUGGGCAUGUUGCUGAAUUUGAUACUCCAGAGAAAUUAAUAGCACAGAAGGGACUAUUCUAUAGACUGGCUGAAGAAUCAGAACUUGUCUGUUACCCAAGAUACCAUAGUACCAGCACCGUCUGAAAGAACAGAUGUGUUCUUACUUCAGCUACAUAGGUUUGCUAUAAAAUGCCUGAUAUUUACCAAAAAAUCUGACUUGAAAUUGAGCCCCAAACUACACUGGAUACAUGAAGGGAAACUGCAUUGGUGUGCUUGGAAGAUAAUACAGGUAUACUGUGCCUAUCACAUGCUAGGUGAGAUGAUGACUGGAAAAUGAGACCUGUUUUCACACACUCAUGGGAGUAUGUUAAACUAUGGCUGCAAUUGUGUAUUAGUUACCAAGUUUGUUGUCACUCUCGAGGGGACAGUGAACACGGUGUAAUAUUUUAACGUAGCUCCAAAUUAAUUGGCUUAGUUUUCAAAAUGAAAUAACUCAGUUACAUUCAAUUAAUCAGAUGAGCCACUUAGAAUUCUGGAGUAGGCAUACAAAUAUGUACUCACAUCUUACACAUUUAUGGCAAAAUAACUGAGCUUUCCAAUGAGCUCUGUUAAAGAAUAUAAAUAAUCAGGGCUCGACAAAUCGCUGUUUCUACUCGCCACAGGCGAGUAGAUUUCAGCCGGUCGCCCUGUUCACCAGCGGCACACGCAUGCCGCAUGCACAAUGCAGGGCUGGUGAGUAGAUUUUGCUGCCGUUAGUCAAGCCCUGUAAAUAAUGGUAAAAUACAUGGUGCAACAGUUAUCGGAGUGUUGUGGAAAUUUCUAGAAUGCCAAAGAAAUCAUACUAGAUAUGUAAUGUUCUAAUGAAGUGAAUAAUAUUUUAAAUUGAAACAAAUGAAUACACAAGUAUUUUCAGUACUAUGCACGUUUUACUGUAAGGUAUUUACUCAUGUAUGUAGAUGCUCCCCUAGCACUCUUAUGGAGAACAUGGAUUCCAAACUAGCUGAUGGAGGAGUUACAAUAAUGAAAGAUUAGUUUCUAUUUUAA